ACAAUGGCAAACUGCAGAAUCUUAUUAUUGUUCGCAGUCACAUCUCUGACUUUAGCGACAAUUCAAUCGGCUUGCACUCGAUCCUCGACUACUGCAUCCGGUUGGAAAGCCCCGAAAGGACCAUACUGCUCCGGUCAAUUGAUUUUCAACGAUGACUUCAACUCAAUUGAUAGGUCCGUAUGGGAACAUGAAAAUUCCCUCGGAGGCGGUGGGAACAAUGAAUUUCAGUGGUACUCCGGUGGAGGUCGAAACUCAUACGUGAAAAAUGGUCAUUUCUUUAUUAGACCCACGUUGACCGCUGACGAAUAUGGCGAACGCUUUCUCACAUCGGGAAUGAUUAAUUUAAAUGAAGGACCCAAACAUCAGAGAUGCACCGAUCCUCCUGGUUGGGCAGAACAAAUCCAAGGUUGCUACCGUAGAGGCAAUCCCAAACGAAUACUAAACCCGGUACGGAGUGCCCGAGUUAGAACAAUUAACGCAUUCGCUUUUAAGUAUGGAAAACUUGAAAUAAGAGCUAAACUCCCAACCGGUGAUUGGAUUUGGCCAGCAUUGUGGCUACUGCCGAAGGGCGACACCUACGGUUACUGGCCAAAGUCCGGAGAAAUAGAUCUAAUGGAGUCCCGAGGUAAUCGCGAGCUUUGGCUGAACAAUGAAAACAUUGGGGUCAAGAAAGUGUCUUCUUGUUUACACUUUGGCGAGAACGCUAAUUAUCGCAGCUCACAGUGCGGCGCAAUUAGCCAAAGUGGACUGAACACAGGCUUCCAUAACUAUCAGCUUUUCUGGACAAAGAACGUAAUCCAAUUUGCCAUCAACAAUCGAAUCUUUCGGACCAUCACUCCAUACGAGGGGUUCUGGAGACUCGGUGGAUUUAGUUACAACCCGUGGCCCAAGGGAACGAAGAUGGCUCCUUUCGACAGAGAAUUCUACAUACUGAUGAAUGUGGCGGUUGGUGGCGACUUUUUCCCUGAUGGUGCUAGGAAUCCUCACCCAAAAUCGUGGAGACAGGGAAGUGCAAGUGCAAUGACCGAUUUUUACCGAGCGAAGUCCUCGUGGUACAGCACUUGGGGCGAGCAGGCUGCUCUGCAGGUGGAUUACGUAAGAGUUUGGGCUGCGUAAGAAUAAUUAAGUCAAAUGGAAUAAACAUUCACUGUUGCUAUUUGCAAUCGUUCUAAUUCUUUAAA